CGUGUAGAAGUUUCUUCGAAAAAUUAUUGCUAUUGCUGUAAUAAUUUUUAUAAAAAUAUUCAAAUUUUAUGUCUCGGAUCUGAAUGUCGACUUUUAAUGUUCCUUUGCAACUCGUCCGGUCAGGUGUGGUGUAAGGAAAAUUAGUCACAGAUUGGGAAUGCUCUCAUUUUAAACCGCAAAACAGGAAACGAUGAUAAAAAAUUUUUCGUUUUAUAUAUUGUCAUUAACAUUCUUGUCGGCGUGUAUAGAGAGCCGAAAAUGGCGGAUCUCUUUCAUUUUCGAAAAUUAGACAAGGCGAGACUCAUCGAAGUUUUAAGGGAGAACGGGUACUACGAAGUUGCCACUACAUUGCAACGCCUCGAUGUCGACGGGAGCAACUUUCUGGACCUAACAGAAAUUGAUCUCUUGAAAUGGUCGGUUACAUCUUUCAAAAGAAAAUUAAUGCUCGAUUGUAUUAAAGAGAUAUCGCGGAACCCUAAUAAAGUGUUAUUGAAAAACCUCCCGGCAACGGCCAGGAAUCAGAAUUCCGCAACCAUAAAAUUUAAAGGAAGGCUCCAAGAGCUGCUGAGCAGCGGCAACCAAGUGCCACCCGACUGCGUUAAGCCGCAUUUGCCUCCCAAGAACCAUAAGAACGUGGAUAAAGAAGUUUUCCCUCGAAAUAAACAAACUCUGGGUUCUUGCCACUUGCCACAAGACGAUUACAUCGAGCCCGACGACAUAGCAUCUAAACCCGUACAGACGACAGAGUGGGCGGUGAAACCCAGACCUCCUUUACCCCUACCAAGUGACAAAGUGAGAAGAUUUAAGCCUUCGUUGCCAUUUCCCGACAAUCCCCGCGACAGGAACCUCGAAAACCAGCGGGCGGAGACUACUGCCGCAACCAUCACAUUUUUGCAAAAAUACCAAGUAGGUUUAAAUAAAGAGAGGUCGCUACCGGCGCCUCCUCCAAAUUUGCCCGUCGUACAGCCUUCGUUUAAAGCCCCUUUUCAAGACAGCGACGACAUUUACGAGGCCGAUCCUCAAAUAGUGGAUGAUAAUUUUGAAGAUGCGAGACUUCACUACGAUAACCUAUCUGUUCAAAAUUCUGAACCGGUUCGAGUAAAGAAUGAACGCCCGCCCAUAAAAAGCAGACCCCUGCCGCCGCUACCGUCGGCAAAAUCCGCGGGAAAUGGGCUUAUGUUUGAGCGGGACAGCUGUGGCGGGAAAGUGUUUCGAUUUUCAAGCGUUUUCUCGUUACCCAAACCUCCAGCUUUUGAAAAAAAGUUUACCGUCAACGAUGCUUCGGGACUCGAUCCAGAUAGUGAAUUUUCCGAUUCAGACGACGGGGAGUACACCGAGGCGGCUAGUUAUGAUGUGACGCGCCACCCCUGUUAUCGGGACAUCGACAGAAAUGGAGCGAAACGAAUUUUGCAAAGACUUGAGGAUGGGGCUUUCCUGUUUAGACCUAGCAACACUUACACGUUGGGAUUGACGGUAAUCCACAAUAAAAAAUGUUACAACGUCGGGAUACAGCUGGAAGAGAAUAGAUUCAUUUGUAAAUCGUCGACCCUAAACGCUCCCAAAUUUAAUACGUUGGAGGAGUUGGUUGAUUACUAUGCGGAACAUCCUUUGAUUCUGAAGAAUAGGGACAACAGUUGCAGUAACGUGUACUUGAAAAUGGAUUCGUUCAGUCACUGAGUUCAAUAAUAAUCUUGAUAAUCUUGAAAAUUAAAUGUAAUUGAUUUAUAAAUUCCACGUUAAUUUAAAUGUUUAACGGCCUUUCGCUAUAACAUAAUAUCAAAUCAAGAGAACUAAUUAUUCGUCCAUUUAAAUACUAUUUUUAAUGUUAGAAAAUGUGCAUAUACUUAUAUAGGUGUAUAAAUGUUUAAAAAAUAAAUAGCAGUCAAAAUGGAAGCACCAAAACAGAUAUUUACAAAUUUUUUUCAUGUUCACGGUUUCACUUA